AUGCAGAUGAAAAAGACGAAUCAGCUUGCAAUACCUGAUUUACAGCCAUCCACAAAGAUAAGAGUGGUUCUGGAUGCGUUUUCUAAGUAUGAGACAGAUAUAAUUGGCGUUAAGCUUUUGAAGCAGAAGAAAGGAAAGGAGGAAGGCAUGAAGGUGGCCUAUAUUGAGUUCGACUCAGUAGAUAUCACUGAGAAUGCGUUCGGAGAUGGAACGAUAAAGAUUGCAGGAGCAGUGAAGAACUUGAGAUAUGCAAAGAAGAGGGCACAGAAGUUUGGAGAGAAAGGAGUUAUUUCAGAGAAGAAAGUUUAUGUUUCAGGGAUUCCACUGGAUGCGGACAAGGAUGAUCUUUCAAAACUCCUGGGGAAAUGUACAAUUUCUGGCCUGGAGAAGCGCAGUGGAUAUGUUUUUGCAGAGUAUAGCACGCACAAGGAGAGAGACGACGCAAUCACCAGGAUCAACAACAGUAAGCUUAACAAUGUAGCCUUGUCUGCAAGCCCGGCGUAUGAAAGGCCAGCUUCAAGGACAUCAAGCUUCAGCAGCAAGAGAAGCAGCAGUAGCACUGAUUAA